AUGCACGUCGGUCGUCUCCUCCCUCUUGCCAUCCUGCUCGCUGCCGGCUACCGCUCGCUGGCCCUCGGCAUCUUCGGCGCGUCGCCGCCGUCCAGCGCCGGCGACUCCUCCUCCUCGCAGUGCAGCCGAACCUGCGAGUCUGCAUACUGCUCCGGUACUAUCGAGGCUCCGUUGAUGCGGUACGGCAAGUACUGCGGCGUGUCGUACACCGGGUGCCCCAGCGAGCCUCCCUGCGACGCCCUCGACGCCUGCUGCAUGCUCCACGACGCCUGCGUCAAUGCCACCGACAACGACUACCUCAACAUGUGGUGCAACCAGAGCCUGCUGGACUGCGUGGCCGCGGUGAGGACCGCGGCGGUGGUGGUGGAGGCGGGCGGCAGCGAGGAGGCCGUAUUCAGGACGUUCGAGGGGAAUAAUUGCAACGCGACUGACGUCGCCGACGAGAUCACGUCCAUCAUCGAGGCCGCGGUGUACGCCGAGAGGAUACUGCAUAGAGUACCGUAGAACACUCGGUCGCUGCUGUUGUUUCACUUGUUAAUUUGGAGCUCUCACGUAGUGGAUCUUGUUGAAGUUGGCGGUCUAGACGGAGUACAAGUUUGGUGGAGGUGGAUCACCGCAUGUGUAGUGUAG